GCCGCCUGCGGCCGCUCUGCCCGCUCCCACCCCGCAGCGGCGAUCGCCGCUCCCCUUCGACCGAGCGCCGCGACCAGGCGUGAUGGAGCGCAGCGGUGCGGCGGGGUCGCCGGCCGCUGCUGUCGGAUUGGGACUCGGGAUGGGGCUGGGAGCGGGCCAGCGGGAUGCAGUAGCGGGUGCGGCGGGACGGGAGGCGCCGGAUCCCGGACACAGCUCCUUGCUGCCGUCGCUGAGCGGAUCGCAGAGCUUGGAGCAGCAGUUGAGCGAGCUGGGCAUCAGAAAACAGACGUCGUAUAGGAAAGCAAUCUUGAGAUCAGGACUGCAGCACCUAGCUCCAGAGCAGUUGCCCAGCGCCAUCCCAAAGAAUGGACCCACGAGGGAGAUGCGGACCUGCCCUGACUGGACUGAAAAUGCUAUAAACGGUGACCACAUUUGGGUGGAGACAAACGCCUCUGGAGAUUUCUGCUACGUUGGAGAAGAGAAUUGUUUAGUGAAGACAGCUAAGUCGGUUCCAAGGAGGAAAUGUGCAGCAUGCAAGAUAAUUGUGCACACUGUGUGUGUGGAGCAGCUGGAGAAGAUAAGUUUCCGUUGCAAGCCAACCUAUCGAGAAGGAGGGAGCCGCUCUCUUCGAGAGCAAAACUUUGUCAGACAUCACUGGGUUCACAGACGCCGUCAGGAAGGAAAAUGCAAGCAGUGUGGGAAGGGUUUCCAGCAGAAGUUUUCGUUCCACACAAAGGAAAUCAUAGCCAUCAGCUGCUCCUGGUGCAAGCAGGCAUUUCACAAUAAAGUGACAUGUUUCAUGUUGCAUCACAUCGAGGAGCCUUGUUCGCUGGGUGUGCAUGCGGCUGUCAUUGUACCCCCAACAUGGAUAAUAAAGGUGAAAAAACCACAGAACUCCUUCAAGUCUUCAAGUAGAAGGAAAAAGAGGACAUCACUGAAGAGAAAAAGCAGCAGGAAAGGAGCGGACGAAAGCAAGUGGAGGCCGUUCAUCAUCAAACCCAUUCCUUCACCCUUGAUGAAGCCACUGCUUGUGUUUGUAAAUCCAAAGAGUGGUGGAAACCAGGGAAACAAGGUCCUGCAGAUGUUCAUGUGGUGUCUAAAUCCUCGACAAGUCUUUGACCUCUCACAGGGAGGACCGAAAGAAGCUUUGGAGCUCUACAGGAAGGUAGCCAACCUGCGGAUUCUGGCCUGUGGCGGCGACGGAACGGUUGGCUGGAUUCUUUCCUUGCUGGAUGAACUACAGCUCAAACCCCAGCCUCCUGUUGCAGUCCUCCCGCUGGGGACGGGAAAUGACCUGGCCCGUACUCUCAACUGGGGAGGGGGGUACACAGAUGAACCAGUCUCAAAGAUUCUCUGCCAUGUGGAGGAGGGCAAUAUUGUACAACUUGACCGCUGGAACCUUCAGCUUCAGAACAAUCCCCAUCUACCCCAGGAUGACUCUGAAGAAGGGACUCAGAAGCUUCCACUUGGUGUGUUUAACAAUUACUUCAGUCUGGGCUUUGAUGCCCAUGUGACACUUGAAUUCCAUGAGUCUCGGGAAGCAAAUCCAGAACGGUUUAACAGUCGAUUUAGGAACAAGAUGUUUUAUGCAGGGACUGCUUUUUCAGACUUUCUGCAAAGAAGCUCCCGAGAUUUAUCCAAACACAUCAGAGUUGUGUGUGACGGCACUGAUUUGACACCCAAAAUCCAGGAUUGGAAAUUUCAAUGUAUCGUCUUCCUCAAUAUCCCCAGGUACUGUGCGGGCACAACGCCCUGGGGGAACCCAGGAGAUCACCGGGACUUUGAGCCGCAGAGGCAUGAUGAUGGCUGCAUUGAGGUGAUAGGCUUCACCAUGGCAUCUCUGGCCGCUCUCCAAGUUGGAGGUCACGGGGAGCGACUUCACCAGUGCCGAGAGGUGAUCCUCACCACUUACAAGACGAUCCCCAUGCAGGUAGACGGGGAGCCCUGCCGCCUGAGUCCAUCGGUUAUCCGAAUCUCGCUGAGAAACCAGGCCAACAUGGUGCAGAAGUGCAAGCGACGGACCUCCAUGCCAUUACUGAAUGACCCACACACUGUCCCGGGCCGGCUGAGGAUGCGAGUGAACAGGAUCAGUCUCCAGGACUAUGAGAGCAUGCAGUACACCAAGCAGAGGCUGCAAGAGACAUCAAUUCCACUGGGAAUUAUUGUCAUCCACGGAGACUGUGAUCUGGAGACAUGCCGCAAGUACAUCGACCGGCUGCAGGAGGACUUUUAUCCAUUAAUGGCAGAUGGACAUCAGUUUCAUUACCAGGACGGUGAGUCUUCCCAGCGGCAGAUGUUGUCUUCCCAGAAUCUUUCUUCCAAAUGGUGCUUCCUUGACUCGACUUCUUUGGAUCGAUUCUACCGCAUUGACAGAGCCCAGGAGCAUCUCCACUUUGUCACAGAGGUAGCUCACGAUGAGCUCUUUAUCCUGGAUCCCGAAGUUGCAGCAACCCCAAAACUUGGGACAAGCCCUGGAAUGCCAGACCUGGUGGUGGACCCUUCCCCAGGGAAAACCGAACUAUGGAACGGAUCUGGUGGCAAGUGGAUUGGAAGUGAUAGCUGUGAAUCUGAGUCUGGGAUACAACACCAACUUCUUGCCAGACCGACGGGCAGCAUGGGACAUCAGAAGCUCAGGCCUCCCACAUCUCCAGAAGAACAAGAACUUCUUCAUUCAGUCCUGGAGGGUAACCUGCAGAAGUUCAUAGACUCUUGCAAUAAGGGAGCCAGCCUGAUGGUGUGCAGCUCUGAAGGUUACUCUGUGUUACACUGUGCUGCAAAGAACGGCCACAGAGAACUUGUGAAGUACAUCAUAGAACAUGGUCCUCGCGAGUUAUUAGACAUAGCAGAAGCAGAAACGGGUGAGACAGCAUUGCACAAAGCAGCAUCUCAUCGAUAUCGCACGAUAUGUCGCUUCCUGAUCAAUGCCGGCGCCUCGUUAACACAGACUGAUUUGGAGGGUCACACUGCAGGGCACAAGGCAGAGGCGGCAGGGGACCUGGAACUUGCUGCUUUCCUGGAGAGCAGACAGCAGCACCAGGUGUUGGGGCGCGAGGAUCUGGAGACAGCCGUCUGAGAAGAAAGAUGCUGAGGAGACGUGGUGGAGGGAGAGAACUUAGGAUUGCUUUAAGAGAGCUCUCUGCACUCCCCAGUGGGACUUCUAGUAGCUGUGUCUCUUUGAACCCUGCCACUGGUUCAAUGAAAAGGAAUGGCCAUUCCUUGAUGAAAGAUGGACGUAGUCAUGGAAACAGCAGUGACAGUGCUUACCACUCCCCACCCUGUUGAAAACCGGUGUCCGAUCUCAAUACCACUGCUUAUCAAACUGUAAGGUGGAUCCCUUCAAGGAAACUUCACCAUUUUGACGCUUCACAAGAACAGUCAUCCUUCAGGCUUUCCUCUCGUACUGGGACCACUUGCUGUUUCUUCCCACCAUCAACUCUGACUCGAAGUAAGUGAGAGGAGACACGUAGAGAUCUGCCUGUCGAUUCUGUGUGCCACCCUUUCAGAACAUUACAGCUGACUCUGAUGGUGGUUGUCAAGGACAUGGAGAAUUGGUAUUUGGCAAGUUAGAGAUUCCUUUUACCCUCGUAUGCAUGCAUCAGUGACCCUGCUUUGGCCAUUUUUCUGCUCAGGGGACAGAGUUUGAGAUUACUUUGGGGAGUGCUGGACUGAACUGAAGACAGUUCUUGCUCUCUUACCACAAGCCAAAAAGGCUGGCUUCAGGCAAGGUUGAAUUGUUCCACAGAGCAAGCUUUUCACUUUUCACGAGCUAGCCAGAACUGUCAGCAUCUGCAGGUGAGCAGAUCCUCACAAAUGUACAAUAUUUCCUUUGACAAAUUCUGUUGCAGACAUCUUUGCCAUGUGUUUCGGUGCAUCAGGAAGUCAAACACAGCUUAACAUCACUUCAGAAUGUUUAAAAUUAUGGUCAGAUCUUCCUGAGGAUUCUAACACAGUUGUCAUGGACUGUGCUCUUUAUUUACUCACCUUCCCGUUCCAUCUCUACCUGUACUUGUGGAUGUAGGAAGAAGUUUCUGCCAGCAGCUGUGGGUGGGAUUUAAGAGGAGGUUUGAUGGACUCUUGUCACGUUACCUCUAAGACUACACCUCAGCUGUUUCACCAAAGCCAACUCUGUCUGGUCCAAUCAGCACUGGGGCAGGUGGGGGGGGGGGAGAGAGACCGGAGGAAAAGCACACAUGCCAGCUCUCCCUUGGGAUUUGAUUCAGUUCCUGCAUAAUGGUUAUCUUGGAACCAAAACAUCAAAUUGUGACUUCCCACAAUUUAAAAACUUGGAUGGGCUGUGUGGUCAAACAUGUCUGUUAUUUUAACCCAAAUCAUGGCAGGGUUAGAGCUGGUAUCAUUUUCCAUCAGUGGGAGGGAGCCAAGGCUAGGAGAGAUUUUCUCCUUUCCCUUUGGGCCAGGAUGUGUAGGAGGUCGUCCUCAAAGUCUUACUUGACAUUCACCACCCAACCUAACCCCUCAAGCUUCCACCCACCACAACUCCCUCCUCACUAUUCACAGGAGCCUCAGAUCCACUGCCAUUCCACCACCAUCCCCUCUAGCCAACCAAGAGGGAAAUAAAGACUAGGUGUUAACGUCAGCAGAGUUGGUGACUCCACUGACCAUCUUUACUAGGAAUUUGGCAUAAGUGUUACCUCCCAAAUUUGGAGAAACUGUUUCCUCUGCUGCCUUGAGGUAAGGUUAGGAAGCACCCGCCCAAAGCUGGAUGCAUACAGACAUCCCUGAAGCAAUUCACAUCAGUGAUAAAGACCAACACAGCUACUCCUCUGAUCAGGGAGGUGACGAGAUCACUGCCUUCUCUACGCUGCUUUUCUACGCUGCCUUCUCUACAGUUUCCCCGGUGGAGAGGAGUACAAAAACACUUGUGCCUGGCUUGUGGUCAACAUCACAGGUGGACAAAAAGAGGGUCCAGGCUCCUUCUCGGCCUGCACAGCUUUCACACUCUUGUGUACGUGGGCAUCAGUAUGUGGAUGCGUCCUGCUGGAUUAGUCGAAAUCACUGCCAGGCACCAGCCAAUGACAAAGAACAAUUGGCCUCCUUUAUUGCUCUGUCAGCUGACUCCAUCCAUCAGGACUGAGGGUCUUCACACUGGGGCGACCAGUAGACAGGCCAAGCCAAAGAUAGGACCAAGUUGUUCCUUUCAAUUAACACAAGGGUGACAAGUGCCCGUAGGCUGACUUGUCUUCCAACUAACUGGAUGAUGGUGCUAAAGCAAUGAUGCCAUAUCUAUAAGUAGGGGAGAUAUCAAAGGGGUGCCUGAUCCACAGAAAAUAGACACCAGUAAUAGAUAGAGAAUUGGAGAUGUCAAGUGAAAGGGGACAGGGCUUGGGGAAAUCUUCAGCACUCAGCCACUUUAAAAGGAGAGCAAACCCUUGCCUACCUGAAUCGGACCCAAGUCCCAGCAUACAACAUUGGACCCUUCACAUAUUCAGUGUGGUCCUUGCUUAAGCCUGCAAUCUUGAUCCCAAGCAGGGACUGGGAGAACCAAAUCAUCUAACACCCAACCCUGCCUGUAAGGAGUUUGUAUGUUCUCCCUGUAACUGUGUGGGUUUCCUCCGGGUGCUCUGGUCUCCUGCCACAUCCCAAAGAUGUAUGGAUUAGCAGGUGAAUUGGCCACAUGGGUGCAAAUGAGUGGUGCGGGAUUGUUGAGCCAGAAGGGCCUGUAUCUGGGCUGUAUCUCGAAAUAAAAGUCAAAAUACAUGUCCUUUAUGAAAGUGCCUGGGGGGUUGGAAGCAAGGUGUCAGAAGGUUUAAUCUUCAUUUGCUGACCACAGCAAUCGUGGUAGGAGUGACCACUAUAAGUACUUUUGGGGUUAAGAGGCCGCUUUCGCACAGAGGGCCUCCCGCAUUGAGUUGCCUGGCACUGUGACCGUGCCAAGAUGGAUCCAGAUCCUUUAGGCAUAGGAAGUUUAAAAGAGGUGAUGCUGAGGUACAACUGUGUGUGGUUGGUCGCUUAAGUGGGUUACAUGUGGAAAAACAAUAGGAUUAAUGCUUUGUAACCUCUUGACCAGAAUAUCCCCUUAAACACCAUCAAACUAGGGGUUCAUUGAGGCACAUAGGCCAGGAAUUUACCAAAUGUCAGGUGCUAAUGCAAUGCAUUUAUGUACCUGCUAAGCUGUGACUGCAGCAUGCUAUAAUCAUCACUAUGCAAUUGCACAGAUGAACAGUCCUGCCUGUCAGUUAUAUUGCUGGACAUUUAAACAACCACCAAGAGGCGGCUCUGUGAAUGACCGCAACUUAACAUUUGUGCCAAAGACAUGAUUGGAGCUUUUGCUGGUGUCUCCAGAAACGUGCCAAGUGGAUGGUCCACCUCAAUCUGCUCCAGAGGACUCCACUGUUACAGCAGCCAUUCUUUGGCAAAUCCAGCUCAUGGGAUCAAGGAUUGUUGCAAAAAGGAAAGUCUGUGACCCGAUGGAUCCCAGCUUCAGUGCUGAUGUCACUGGACUCUGAAAACUUGCACUCGUUCCUCAAACACACUUUAUUUACUUGUGCACAAGGAGAAUAGCACCAAACGGUUUGAAAAUUUGAACAAAGUAAUUCUGUUUUUCUACAGAAGUUGAUUAGUUGGAUACAGAUAUUGACCAAAUGGUAAUUUUGUGAAUGUUCAAAUUCCUUAUUUGGAUAAUCAAUCCCUACAGUACUACAGGUAUUAACAGUCAAUAAUACUUUAGAGUUAGUAAAAUAACCCUAGUAAGUAUCCAAUAGUAAAUGUCACCCUAGAAUCCUCAUUUGCAUCCUUUUCUUGUCUUGGUAUUCCAAAUAGCUUCAGCUCUGGGCUAUGCAAAGGGGAGCUAUGCUCUUCAAAAACCUUUCUUGCCUUGGUUGACUGUACACUGUCAGCAAACUAUCCUUGCCUGCACACUAUCUUAACCCUUGCCUUGCCACAACCUCAUCGCUGCUAACUUGCCAACCCUCUGGUCCACCUGCUCAAGUACAUCUACAACAUUGCCGACUGACAAAAAGGUGGGGGAUUACUCCAAUUUACAAGAAGGAACAAAGUAUGAAAUACAGUCCUGCCAAUAUCCACAUUUACCAUAAUCAAAACUGGGAGAGAAGUCUUUGACACUUCACAUUACAAAGUCUUGUUGUAAUGUCAUGUACAAGAUGUAGAGUAAUGAAAAGUCUCACCAAAGUAAACUCCACUGUGCUGGUUCUCCAUUUUAUCCAAAGAUGACAGGUUAGAUUUGUGCAGCUCUGUUGAACGUUCAUGUGAACUGCACAAAGAAACCUGUGCGGGAGAUUUUUUGAAGUGGAAAGGUUGUUGAACUGGGGCAGUUCCACUCUCUCAACCAUAAAAGACCAGAUCCAGUGGUCCAAGUAGUCGUCAUACUGGGGUUCUUCAUUGAAUGCACUGGAUGACCAUGACUUCAUCUGUGCCUUGUCAUGCCUUUCGCUCUCCAUGAAGCAUUGCAAAACAGCCUUCCUAGUCAUGGGAUCUUACUGUAGAUCUCAUCCACCCAGACUUAGUAUACUGGGACAGGCAUGUCCCUAUCUCACGAGGGUAUGAGGCCUGCCGGCUACCCUCACCUGGUUUAGCCCACCUGUCAAGGUGGUUUACUGGGGUGUGGCCACUACCACGUGCAAACAGCUACUUGGAGCUACAGGCAAGAGCUGAGUGUCCCAUGGAGACCAAAGUUGAGUGAGCUGCCCCAGAAUGACAUGUCAGGCCCUACAGCAGAGGUACUACACCUCUCUGGACACCUCAUACACUUAUAAAUACCAGCUCACUAAGAUCUGAAAGUUAGUUAAAAAUGUUGGGUUAACAUGUGUUAAAGAGGAAAACAAGUGAGCAAGACAGGGGGAUUUGGGGAGGAAAUUCUGAGCUUAACCGUAGUAGCUGUAGAUACUGCUAACUAUGGUGGAGCAAUCAAAAUCACUGAUGGUGUAGAGGCCAGAAUUAAAGCACCUUGGACUGGUGUAGGACUGGAGGAGAUCAAAUUGAGAACAUGGGAUAAGAAUUCUGGAAUGGUAAUUAACAAACACAGAGGUGAGCCUUGGUUGGAGAUCAUAAACAUGCAAUGACCACAAGAAUAUAGUGAGUAAACUCAGAAGAGCUUUGGAAUAGUCAUGUCAGGAUGAAGGUUUCAGCAGCUGAAGAUCCAGGGAGCCGUGCAUCCAGACAGCAUCACGGAGGUGGAAAAAGACAGCAAUAGUGGAGGUAUGUGGUCUAGAGCUCACCGAGGUUGGCUGCUAGUUAAGAGGGUUGUCGAGCAAUAUUGUGCUGGAGAAAAUAAAAGUUCCUUCAAUCUUUCUUAUAUCUGUUUGGAAGAUAUUACUGCUCUUCCAGUAUUGGAGGUGUUAAUUUAGAAACAAUUGAUUGAUGAAGAGCAUUUGAUGACUCUGGACCUCUACUUGCUGUUGUUCAGAAGAAUUUGGGGGAUCUCACUGAAACCUAUCAAAUAUUGAAAGGUUUAGUGGAUGUGGAGAGGAUGUUUCCAAUAAUGGGGGAGUCUAGGACCAGAGGGUACAGCCUCAGAAUACAAGGAUGUCCCUUUAGAACAGAGAUGUGUAAUUUCUUUAGCCCAAGUGUGGUGAAUCUGUGGAAUUAAUUGUGACAGAUAUCUGUGGAGGCUAAGUCAUUGGGUAUAUUUACAGUGGAGGUUGAUAGGUUCUAGAUUAGUAAAGGCAUCAAAAGAUUACAAGGAGAUGGCAGGAGAAUGGGGUUGAGAGGGAUAAUAAAUCAGCCAUGAUGGAAUAGACUCAGUGGGCCUUAUGGCCAAGUUCUGCUCCCAUGUCUUACGGCCAGUGGUGAGGUAGAGAAAGCUGGUAGUGAGCUUAGCAUUCUCCACAGCAGCAGGACAAAGCAGUUCGCUUGACAAGCAUCCUACUCACCAGUUAAACUUUAAUUCUCUCCAGCACCAGAGAACAAUGACUGUAGAUGAAUUAUUUGCAAAAUAUACUGGAGUAACUUACUAUUGUUCCAAUAGUAUUUGCCAAAUCCAGGACUUAAAGCAAAAGAGAUAAGAGGCAGAAUUAGGCCAUUCAACCCGUUCAGUGUGCUCCACCAUUCCAACAUGGCUAAUUUAUUAUCCCUCUCAGGUACAGGCUAGAGCAGGCAAAUAGACAGAUAGAUGUUUUAUUGAUCCCAAAGGAAAUGAGUGUCACAGUAGUAUUACAAGUGCACAGAUAUAAAUAUUAGAAGUAGCAAGAAAGAACAAAAAAUAAGUUACCCAAAACAGUUAACAGGAGGGGUCAUCACUUCCCCAGCUAUAGACUCAUUAUAGAGCCUAAUGGCAGAGGGCAAGAAUGACCUCAUAUAGUGCUCUGUGGAGCAGUGCAGUUGUCUUAGUCUGUUACUAAAAGUGUUCCUCUGUUCAGCCAAGGUGGCAAUGCGAACACCUCCAAGUCACGUGCACUCAUCUCGUGUAAACAUUUUGCAAGCAGCAGGUCACCAGUGGAGACAUCAAAACUCGCCCAUGAGGGCAACCUCAGCUUGACAAUAAAACAAUGACAGUAAUGGCAUUGAAUCCACCCUGAGCAAGGCCUGAAAUGAUCAGGCAGGAAUACUACCAGAAGUGGGAGCUUUACACAACACCCAACCACUGCUUUCUAGACUGACGGAUGGAGGGCGUUAAAUUUAGCGGCCUAAAGGUGGGCUUCUGUAGCAACAUCAGCCACUGCUCCACUGCGGCGACCUCAAUGAACGGGACCCCUCACUAACCUCAAAGUCCAUCCGAAGAAGGCAGCCCCGGAACUGAAGGGUCGGCUGAUUCAGAAGCUGGCUGACACGUCACAAGCAAGGCAAAGAGCCUUGUGCAUGCAGUAGCUGAGUGCAGAAUACUGCAUUUUGACCAGAUGCGAACACAUUCCCACUGAACACUGCCAUGCGCUUCAGCAGAGACACCCUCAAGCCCAGCAUAUCAACCUGACUGCCAGACCCCAUUCACACCACUCCUCAUCCAAACAUUACAAUACUGCCUUCUGCGCAACAUCUCCCUCUCCACCAGGGCCUCCACGACAUCCCUCAUCAUCAUAUCAAGCCACAGAGGGCUUCCUAGCUCUUCCAUUCAUCUCAAGAAACGGACUUUCAACCUCAUGAAACCCAAACAAAAAGCCACAAAUAUCCAUAAGCAAACCAACACUGUUCCCACCUCAUUGGUUAUAAACCUCUGCAUCACUUCUGCACAGAUUAUGGAACACACAAGUGUGGCCAUCAGACUUGGACAAUGGAAUGUAUAACAGUUAAUUUCCUACUCCACAGACAGCUGCAAUGAGACACUUGACUAAGCCUGCCAGUCAUCCUUAGGGCUUAAAGAUCUAAAUGUAAAGUUACAGUUGAUGAGAUGCGACUUCAUCAGCCAAAUGGAAUUGGAUUAAAAUCUUAUCUGAGGAAAGAUUUAUUGAUCUUUGAUGGACUGUGAUGUGUAUUUAUUGGAAUCCUAUCUGUACUAUAAAGGUUUGCUAUCUGUACUCCUAUGGAUACUGGUUGAGGGUGAUACAUUAGGGACAUUUAAGAGAUUCUUGGGCACAUGGAUGAAAAAAAAUGACCAUGUAGGAGGGAAGGGUUAAAUUGAUCACGGGGUAGGUUGAAAGGUUGGCUCAACAUCGUGGAGCGAAUGGCUGGCACUGUUCUCUGUUUAAUUUAUGAAGCAGAAUUACAUUUACCCUGCAUCGUUUUGUAUGCAGUUUAGAUGGUUAAGAGUGAUCUGUUCAAUGAGUCUCAAGAUAGUAAUGAAAACUGAUAGGGUAGGUAAGUCUGAACGUUGGGGGCAUUUCCUUCUGUACGAUUAGGAAACACUUCUGCAGGCAAAGCUCUAGUUUACAAAUUCAAGGCCAAUUGUCACUUCUUAAUACUUGAGGAUGUAGAACAUUACAGUACAAGACAGGCCCUUCUGCCCACAAUGUUAUGUCGCCCUUUUAACCUGCUCUAAGAUCAAUCUAACACUUCCCUCUUACAUAGCCCUCCUUUUAAUGAUCCAUGUGUCUAUCUAAAAGUUUCCUAAAUGUCCCUAGUGUAUCUAAGUUUAUUUUACUUUAUUGUCACCAAACAAUUGAUACUAGAGCGUAAAUUAUCACAGCGAUAUCUGAUUCUGCGCUUCGCGCUCCCUGGAGUACAAAUCAAUAGUAAAUAUUAAAAAUUUAAAUUAUAAAUCAUAAAUAGAAAAUAGAAAAGGGAAAGUAAAGUAGUGCAAAAAAACCGAGAGGCAGGUCCGGAUGUUUGGAGGGCUUAAAUUUGAGUCUUAAAUUAAAGAUUGACAAACUUUUGCUCAUCAAGGUAUUAAGGUAUAUGGGGCAAAGUGUCUCUUACGAAGCUGCUUCAGGCCCCCAUCCAAUGAAGGGGAUAAACGAGCUCCUCCUCUCACUCACCCUGACACACUGCCACUCAGGAUAUUUGGUCCUGUUGUAUGAACUGUUUUCUCCACUGCUUUGAUACUGAGCAAUGGAGUAUCACAUCUUCUCACAGUUACGUCAGGCAACAGAUAGGAAGUGCUUGAUGCCACAUGUUUAAAAAUCUUUUCUCCAGAUAUGGUUUCAACACACUCUUCCUCUCCCUGUACCUUCAGAUCCAUUAUAUUGAUAAUUUAAUAGACUUUCUGUCUGGAACUUUUCCUGUGAACCUUGUAUCUAAAGAUUUUCACAGAAAUUAUGUGCAACUUGAAGCCAGCCAAAGCUAAUUCUAUGAUACUUUCACCCAAUUUUAGAAAACAUAGGUCUUCAUUUUAACACUUGCACUGCUGAAAUCUUGCUGAGUUUGAGUGACAUUUUCCAUUUCCAACAACAGCUUGCUUUGUAUCUUUGCUCUCCUGAAUUAAUAGUAUCACACAGGUCAUAGUAUUCAGAAUCAGGUGCUGUAUUUAAUAAGUUAUUCCAGUCCCUGUGUUUGCUGUACAUCUGCAUUCUGUCAUUAAAAGUGAUGUAAAAAAAAUCUAUGUUCUUCCAAGCAGGGUGAAAAAACCCUUUGGAUAGUAUUUUCAACAAAACAGUAAACACAUCAACACUGUAUGUAGCUAGCAGGAUUUACUUCGCUGAAAGUACUUUGUUCUUUUAUUGACCAGAACCCAUACCUGCAUCUUGCUCCAAUUCCUUCUCAGACUUCACCCUUUCUUCAUGCCCUUCACACUCAAGGCACAUCUUGUCCUUUCUAUUGAUGUGGCCACAAGGACACCCAUUCCUAAUUGAAAAUGGUAAAAAAAAAUCCUGGCAGCCACUCUGGCAUGUGGCCUCACUGGCCAAAAGACAACUCACAGCAUCUUCCAACCAUUCCGGUGGUGAGUGGCUAAGGCUUAGUGAUACUGCUGAAUCUCAUAAAUAUCCUUCCAGGUAGCCACAAAUCAAGAGGAAAACGUUGUCUAUUCUUAUCUAUACUGUAGCCUUACCAACUAGAGAGGGCCCAAAACAUUUUGGAAGAGGAAAGGCAAUAGGGUUUGACUCCAAAGAAAAUUGAAGGCACAUACAAGGCCAAGCCUGGAAAUAUAUUGUGAACCCAAGAGGUGAUGGGCUUGUAGAGAGCUACACCGAUAGAGAGGAACAACAGCAGAGAGAAGUCUGUAAAGCAAGCAAGAUUGAAGGUUGAUAAAUUGCUGGAACGGAAGCCAGUGUUGAUUGCAGGCACACAGCCGAUGGUUGAAUCAACUUCAGGGAAGAUUGGCAGAUAGGCAGCUCUGUUUUAGAUGAAUUUUGGUUUAUAAAGUGGAAUGUUCACACUUAUAAUGGCUCAGACCCAAGUUGGCUUAUGGCCCAGCGGUGGUUCGGAUGACAUGUAGAUGGCUGGGUAUGGGUGAAAUAGGUUGGAGUCUAACAUUUUGCUAAUUCAGGAGGAAUUUGGCAAAAAGCAUGAAGGUCCACCUAGGUCUGAAGAACCAAGCUGGUGUACAUUGGAUUACAACAGCUGAAGGGAGUCCCUUGUGUGGCAAUUGAUGUAUUUUCUUCAGGGUGAAGACAGAAGUAAUAGAGUGAACCUGAAUUGUAAAAUGGAUCCUCUGUCAAGAUGUUUGAUUAAAGCUAUGAUAACUGUUCAUAUUUUUGCCAACUAGAAGGACAUCUGGGUUGGAAAAGAAGACAUUUUUUUCUCUUGCAACUACUGGCGAUCUUCAAUGUCAUAUUCUUCACGGACCACUCGCCUUCAAGUUCAAUUUAUUGUCAUUCAACUGUACACAAAAGUAUACUGCCAAAAGAAAUAACAUUCCUCCGGACCAAGAUGCAUAACACAGUACAUACAGCUCACACACACACAACACAGAGUAAUAUUACCACAAACAAAUAAUAAGGUGGAUAUAUGAUACAAGUUAAAAAGUACAAUGCAACCGGCACUUCAUGUGUGAUGAGACUUGGGUGGUGGCAGAGAGUUCAGUGGUCUUUCGGCCUUGGGUCUGAGGUUAACAAUCCUCUCUGCCAGUUCAGCCCCAUCCUUGCUUCUCACUCCAGGGCGGUUUACACACAUACAAAAACUUCAACAUGAUAAUACUUGAACAAUCACAACCAAGCAUGAAAUUUGCAAGGCAAAGAAGUAUAAAGCCCUGAAUGUUUCAAACAAAAUUUAGCCAAAGUGAUUGAAAUUUAUAAAUGGUGCUGAAACACUUACAGAAGGGAUACUGCAUUGAAACAGACUGCAAAAAUUCACCUGAACUUGCUUCCCAGAGUGUGAACAGAGGAUUUAAACAACUGUGCAAGAGAUGUGGCAAAGACACAACAAAUUCUAAAAAUAUAGCCAAGACUUGCCCAUACAUAAGUUGCUUGGACUUUACGUUGUGUAUGUACACUGAAUUGCACUAAGGAUUAGUCAACAAGGUUCAAAUCAAGCCGAGUCUGUCAAGAAGAUCUCUCAUUUACUACAUAAGCUCACAUGAAUUGUCCUUAGGGGAAGCAUCAAGUGUGUUUUCAACUUUAAAUGAUUUGCAUGUUUGUGUAAUGCUAUCAGGUGGAGACUAUUUCACCAUAUUUACUAAGUUUUUUUGUAGGUCAGGUUCUGUGAACUGAACUGAUUCAUUUGCUGACUCUUUGGGGAACUCGGACGUAUCAAGCAAUGUUUGCACUGGGAAGUAAAUGAAGAGCUUGUAAAAUAUUUGUGUAUUAAAUUGAUUUAAUCUUCAAGCAUUACCCAUAUCUGCCUUGAAGGUGUAGCUUCUAAGUUUGAAUCUGCUGAAAGGCCACUCUGUACAUUGGCAAGGGACAACAGUGGGGUUGUCAUGAAUGAGUUUUCAUAGCUAUGAGUGCCUUCAUCAGAAUAAGCUGCACUGUACUGAUGACAGGAUAACUUGGGAGCAAGUUACAUGUAAUCCAGGUUGGCUAGCAAGAAGUCCCAAAGCCAGAAUGCUCUUAUCCUGUCUUCUCUUUCACCCGCAAUCAUUUUUAUCAACCAAAAAAAAACACAUCUGUCCCUUGUUACAUUGUGCUUCCAUUAUAGGUUCUGGUCAGAAUCUAACUUUUCCUCCUGCCCUUGUGGAUUCUUCAAAAUCUUCCAUUUUUAAAAAAUAAAUUGAUACAAUAAUUAUACAGAUGAAAACCAAACUGUGGUUGUUGGCCAUCGGCUUAACCAACAGGAAGCCCUUAAGUCACUGGAGAGAAUUCCUAUGUCAACUGCCUUCCCAACACAAAAACUCAUAAGGCAGCUACUUUUUAUUUCUGAGCUCUAGUCAUGAGAUUGGGACCAAUCAAUAGAUAAUUUUAUCACAUGAUGUUUUUCAUGUGAACCUGGUGGUGAUGAUUUUUUUGCAUGAGACUAGUGAAUCAUACCGAGUGGUGUCUUGCUCCUUGAGAUGGCUCGUGUGGACUUACAUGACUGUUCUUGCUUGUAAUUCCUCAGCACUGUGACUGUAGUGCUUGUUUGGCUGUACCAACCUAUGUGAACAGAUUCAUAUUAUCUAUA